AGAGAGCUGGAAUUCGCCGCUCGGAAAUACAUUCAAUGACCUAACGUUAUAAUGUUGCCAGACAAUUCGCCUCGCAAAUAGAUCUAUGCGGGUUGCAGUAUUCUGCAAAUGUUUUCCCCGAUAGUUGCAAGACAAUACAGAAGAUGGUCGAAGUUUCCACAUGUUUUCUCCAAGAAUAGGAACGUAUUGAGUAAAGUCAAAUGCCUUGAGAUUUGCUGCUGUUCGAGACAUCUUUACUGAAACCGGUCGAAAACUUUAGGCUACGUGUGAGGUAUUUGUGCUGAACGUGUUUUUAUACCUCUUCUCUCGGAAGAUAGAGACCGCUCCAUUGCUACUCCGAAAUCAAUGGCCAUUAAGGUUACUCGAAGCUUCACCGCGCCACUGCGUUUGAACUCUGGAAAAACACCGCAUUGUUUACGAGAGUUGUGACUUUAAGGUUUAAAAGACAUCGAUCGAAUCGGACAUUGAAUUACUUUCUUUUAGACGUCUAACCUACCUUCGAGGGGAGUUGCACAAGGAUCCGAAAUUCAGUUCCCCACCUGAAGAGUUGAUGGUUGUAGGCUGAUACAUUUAAGCACCCUCUUCAGCCUGCCCUGUACCAGUAGCCCCUACCAUUCCAGUACUGUACCAGUUAACCUAUACCAGUGCCAGUAUGUUGUUGUCCCGCUCAUCUCUGCUGCUCCUUUGGUCACUGCUGUUUCUACUGAUUUACUCUCCCCUGACCCAGUCCAGACCAGCUGCUGCCCACGUCAGCGACACAGCUGACAUGCUGGCAUCUUCUGAGGACGAAGAUGAUGAUGAUGAGUCUUCUUCAGAGGAAAAUAAACUAUCCAACAAUCAGAAUCUCCAAUUGAUGGCUCCUCAGUGGGCGACUCCAGACAAGAUGGAGAAGAGGCUCCAUGCCGUUCCUGCCAGUAAGACUGUUAAAUUUCGUUGCCAGGCGACUGGUAAUCCCACACCAACUUUGCGGUGGUACAGGAAUGGGAAAGAGUUCAGGAAAGACCAGCGCAUUGGAGGCUUCAAGCUCCGGGACCACAUGUGGACAAUAAUAAUGGAGUCAGUGGUUCCGUCUGAUAAAGGCAACUACACCUGUCUGGUGGAGAACAAGCACGGCAGCCUCACACACACCUACCAGCUGGACGUAGUGGAACGUUCCCCUCACAGGCCCAUCCUCCAGGCAGGCCUGCCAGCUAAUCGUACGGCCAUGGUUGGUAGCGACGUGGAGUUUGUCUGUCGAGUGUUCAGCGACCCUCAGCCCCACAUCCAGUGGCUCAAACGCAUCACCAUUAAUGGCAGCAGAGUGGGACCAGACGGACUGCCUUACGUACGCGCACUGAAGACUGCAGGGUUUAACACCACAGACAGGGAGAUGGAGGUCUUUACUCUGAGGAACGUGUCUGUGGAGGAUGAAGGAGAGUACACCUGUCUGGCAGGAAACUCUAUAGGAGUCUCUCACCACUCUGCCUGGCUCAGUGUGAUCAAAGAUCUGCCCCCCUCCCCUGUACCAUCUCAGGCCUACCUGGAGAUCUUCAUCUACUGCGUCGGUUUCUUCAUCAUCAUGUUCAUGGUCGCCAUAGUGACCGCCUGCCGACUACGCUGCUCCCCGAAGAAGAGCGACUUCAGCAGCCAGCUGGCUGUUCACAAACUGGCCAAGAGCAUUCCCCUACACAGACAGGUGUCAGUAGACUCCUCCUCCUCUCUACAGUCGGGGGUGUGUCUGGUCAGGCCGUACCGCCUUUCCAGUGGAGCCACGCCCACCCUGGUUGGCGUGUCAGUGUAUGAGCUGCCCGCAGACCCACUCUGGGAGCUGUCACGAGACAGGCUGUCUCUGGGGAAGCCACUGGGUGAAGGUUGUUUUGGUCAGGUUGUGCUAGCAGAGGCUGCAGGUCUGGACAGAGAAAAACCCUCUCGUCUCACCAAGGUUGCCGUCAAGAUGCUCAAAGCGGACGCCACAGAGAAGGACCUGAGUGAUCUGAUCGCUGAAAUGGAGAUGAUGAAGAUGAUCGGGAAACACAAAAACAUCAUCAACCUGCUGGGAGCCUGCACACAGGAUGGCCCUCUCUACGUGGUGGUAGAGUAUGCAUCUCAGGGCAACCUGAGGGAGUACCUGCGUUGUCGGAGGCCUGUGGAUCUGGAGUACUGGUCUGGGCCAACCCAGGCCCCCCUGGACAGCGUAGAGGUCAGGGAGCUGGUGUCUGCUGCCUACCAGGUGGCCAGGGGCAUGGCAUACCUCGCCUUACAGAAGUGUAUCCACAGAGACCUAGCAGCCAGGAACGUGUUGGUGACAGAGGACAAUGUGAUGAAGAUAGCAGACUUUGGUUUGGCCAGAGACAUCCACCACAUAGACUACUACAAGAAGACCACCAAUGGUCGUCUGCCAGUGAAGUGGAUGGCUCCAGAGGCUCUGUUCGACCGCAUCUACACACACCAGAGUGACGUGUGGUCGUUUGGGGUGUUGCUGUGGGAGAUCUUCACUCUAGGAGGAUCUCCCUACCCAGGGGUCCCUGUAGAGGAGCUGUUCAAACUGCUGAAGGAGGGACAUCGUAUGGACAGGCCAGCCGCCUGCACAGAGGAGCUGUAUAUCAUGAUGAGAGACUGCUGGCACGCUGUUCCAUCUCGCAGACCAACCUUCCAACAGCUGGUAGAGGAUCUGGACCGCACACUCUCCCUCAUGACCAACCAGGAGUAUUUGAAUCUUUCCAUCCCUGUGGUCCAGUAUUCUCCAUUGGGUCCAGACACCAGCAGCUCCUCUGACUCUGUCUUCUCCAGGGAGACGACUUACGGAGCAGAGUACUCUCCCCUGAGCCCAUCCUGGACCUCCACCCAGCACACCCCCUCUAGGACCCCCUCUCAUACCUCCACCCUGGCCUACGCACACCACAAACCUUCCACAACCCCGUCUUGAACCUCCAUCCUAGCCUACGGUCACCACAGCAUCUACCCUGACGUACACCCGCGGACACAGCCUACGCUGAUCUAAAAACACUGCCCCGCCCGUACACCUUAACCUAUCCACCUCCCUCUUUAUCCACAGAUAAAGACAAUGGAAAAGACAGACACAUGGACGGUUAUAACAGAGUCAUAAGACAUGAAAUAGAGUUUGCACAAAAAUGGACUUCUCUCCUCCUCCCCAGGACUAUACUGAACUAUUAAAGGGAUAGUUCACCCAAAUGAAACAUUGGGAAAGGGGGAUACCUAGGCAGUUGUCCAACUGAAUGCCUUCAACUGAAAUGUGUCUUCCGCAUUUAACCCAACCCCUCUGAAUCGGAGAGGUGCGGGGGAUGACUUAAUCGACAUCCACGGCGCCCAGGGAACAGGAACCAACUGCCUUGCUCAGGGGCAGAACGGCAGAUUUGUACCUUGUCAGCUCGGGAUUCAAUCUAGCAACCUUCUGGUUACUGGCCCAACGCUCUAACCACUAGGCUACCUGGAGGUUUUCUUAAACUGUAAGCAAGGUAUGAGACAAUGUAUGAGAGCAAUCCAUGCUUUGGUUUAUUUUCCCUGGCACUAACAUUUUAGUAUUUGUGACACAUAUCCCAUUCAAGUCAUGGGACUGAUGUUAGCAUUUGUCACCCAUGGACAAAACAUCUAAGUGACUUUGUUGAGCUUCACAAUCAAUUUAAAAUACUUUUGGAUAAUUUGGACAUAAUGUGCAAAAAAGUAUAAUAUCGGUUCCAUGACUUGAAUUGGAUCUGUGCCACAAAUGCUAAAACAGUGCAAGGGAAACUAAACCAAUGCAUUGAUUGCUGUCAUACAUUGUCCAUAGACUGCAUACAGGGCCAUAGACUGCAUACACGGUCAUAGACUGCAUACACGGUCAUAGACUGCAUACAGGGCCAUAGACUGCAUACAGGGUCAUAGACUGCAUACAGGGCCAUAGACUGCAUACAGGGCCAUAGACUGCAUACAGGGCCAUAGACUGCAUACAGGGCCAUAGACUGCAUACAGGGCCAUAGACUGCAUACAGGGCAAGGAAACCAAUGUGUAUUUUUAUUUGGGUGAACUAUCCCUUUAAUGUAGGGAGACUCUCCCAGGAGCAAGAGGAGGAGGAAGAUAAGGCUGCUACACAUUAUUGAUCUUCAUCGCCAUAUUAUGAAACAAACUGCUGCUUUGCUGAGCAAACCAUACAGGAUAUAAAAAGGAAAUUGAUAAAGGAAAAAUAAUGUUCUUUUGUAAAUACAGUAUAUUCCGAAUUGUUAAUAUGAAUACAUAUUUCCAGUAUUUUUAUUUUGUACAUGGGAGCUUGUUUUUAUCCCUGUCAUUGAAAUGACAUCGAAGAGAGGUGUGGAUAUGAUGCUAUGUGUUAGAAUCAAAGGAAAGAAGUGGCUAUGAUACUAUGUGUUUUAAUAAGCUACUAUAGCAGCAGUGUUAGUCAGUCAGGGCUUGCCUUCAGUAUCACUCUCUUGUCUGGAGUCUAUGGACACUACAGUGUUAUGUUGAGGUUAAUGAUAAUGUAAAUGAUAAUGCCAUGGUUUUAAAACAGUGGCAAAUUCACUUAUCUCCAAUGGAAGUCUACCUGCCUUUACAGAGAAUGCCUUUAUUAAAGGUAUUGUAAUAAAGAAAAUGGCAUUACAAAACUUCAA